CUAGGGGGAGGCAGGCAGCCUGGGCGCCCUGCUAGGGAGGGGGACUGGAGGCUGCCCCUGAGCAUGUGGGCGGGGAGGGAUUUUUUUGCUGCCUUAGAGGAGGCUUGGCCAAAUUCGCCGGCGCUGCACAGCGCUUGGCUUGGCAAACUGCCGCCAGCUCGACUCCCUUUCCGCUGUUGGGAAGGGGUUUGCACACCGCGAGGCGGGGACGGGGGAGCCGUUUUCUUAAACCCAUACAGUGUCUGGAGAGCAAGACCUGAAAUCUCUUUCGCUAAGUUAGUGGUGUCCCCUGGAGCACAGAGCUGCUCUCCCCUGAAGAGGGACUUGACAUUCUCACUAUGCGAGACAGACUUAGACAAAGAGCAAGAAUGGCAGAGAGACCUAUGUGGGAGCAAGUUGGAACAAGUUUUGUGCAUCUCUAUUACCAGCGUUUUGAUACCAGUAGAGUAGAGCUAAGUGCUCUCUAUACAGAUGCUUCUUGCUUGUCCUGGGAAGGACAGCAAUUCCAAGGAAAAACAGCCAUCAUGGAAAAGCUGAUGAGCCUUCCAUUCCAAAAAAUCCAACACAGCAUAACAGCUCAAGAUCACCAACCAGCGCCUGAUAACUGUAUACUUAGUAUGGUGGUUGGUCAGCUGAAGGUGGAUAAUGACCCAGUGAUGGGGUUCCACCAGCUGUUUGUUCUCAAGAAUAUUAGUGACAAUUGGGUUUGCACCAAUGAUAUAUUUAGACUGGCCCUGUACAACUUUGCUUGAAUAUUUUUCUGUUCUCAAAUGUCUGUUUCUACUACCACUUUCAAAUCUGACACAAAAAUAAAUAAAUUGUUGUUUAAAUUGU